CACUCUGCUCUCCCUCUCUCCCUGGCCGGCAGAAAGUGCAACUGAUGAGAGAAAGAUCUCUGCAGUGAGAGUGGAGUGGCUCCAUCCAAGAGUGUGAAGAAAGGGGUCAAAAAAAAAAAAAAUUCAAAACCCCAGCUCAGAAUGCAGGCGACAUCCAAUCUUUUCAAUCUCCUGCUCCUGUCUUUGCUGGCUGGCUUAGAUCCUUCCAAGACUCAGAUAAGUCCCAAAGAAGGCUGGCAAGUAUACAGCUCUGCCCAGGACCCUGAUGGACGAUGCAUUUGCACUGUGGUUGCUCCAGAACAAAACCUCUGUUCCCGAGAUGCCAAAAGCAGGCAGCUUCGCCAACUACUGGAAAAAGUUCAAAACAUGUCCCAGUCUAUUGAAGUCUUAAACUUGAGAACACAGAGAGAUUUCCAAUAUGUUCUAAAAAUGGAAACCCAAAUGAAAGGGCUGAAGGCCAAGUUUCGGCAGAUUGAAGAUGAUCGGAAGACACUAAUGACGAAGCAUUUUCAAGAGUUGAAAGAGAAGAUGGACGAACUCCUACCCUUAAUCCCUGUGUUGGAACAAUACAAAACAGAUGCUAAGCUGAUCACCCAGUUCAAGGAGGAAAUUCGCAAUCUUUCUGCUGUCCUCACAGGGAUCCAGGAAGAAAUAGGUGCUUAUGACUAUGAAGAACUACAUCAAAGGGUUCUUAGUUUGGAAACUAGGCUUCGUGACUGCAUGAAAAAGCUAACAUGUGGCAAGUUGAUGAAAAUCACAGGCCCAAUUACUGUCAAGACAUCUGGAACCCGAUUUGGGGCAUGGAUGACAGACCCGCUAGCAUCUGAGAAAAAUAACAGAGUCUGGUACAUGGACAGUUACACUAACAAUAAAAUCGUUCGCGAGUACAAAUCAAUGGCAGACUUCGUCAGUGGGGCAGAGUCAAGGACAUACAACCUUCCUUUCAAGUGGGCAGGAACUAACCAUGUGGUCUAUAAUGGCUCCCUCUAUUUCAACAAGUAUCAAAGUAACAUCAUCAUCAAAUACAGCUUUGAUAUGGGGCGAGUGCUUGCCCAACGGAGCCUGGAGUAUGCUGGUUUUCACAAUGUUUACCCUUAUACCUGGGGUGGAUUCUCUGACAUUGACUUAAUGGCUGAUGAAAUCGGACUAUGGGCUGUGUAUGCUACUAACCAGAAUGCAGGCAAUAUUGUCAUCAGUCAACUGAACCAAGAUACCUUGGAGGUGAUGAAGAGCUGGAGCACGGGCUAUCCCAAAAGAAGUGCCGGGGAAUCUUUCAUGAUCUGUGGGACACUGUAUGUCACCAACUCCCACUUAACUGGAGCUAAGGUGUAUUAUUCCUACUCUACCAAAACCUCCACAUAUGAGUACACGGACAUUCCCUUUCAUAACCAAUACUUCCACAUAUCUAUGCUUGACUACAAUGCAAGAGAUAGAGCUCUGUAUGCCUGGAACAAUGGUCACCAGGUCCUUUUCAAUGUUACACUUUUCCACAUCAUUAAGACCGAGGAUGAUACAUAGGCCAAUGUCACUUGUUUUUCAUUGAUAUAGAGUCAUUUGUGAUCAAUCGUUAAGACCCCAUCUCUUCCUUAUUAUAAAUUUUCAUCAUUUCUCCUUCGCAUUGUUACUGUAAAACUUGGUGUUCUAGAAAACAACUGACUCUGUCUAAAGUAAACUGUUGGAAAUUCAUCUUAAUUCCUAAACUUACAAGGUCAAUCAUGCCCUUGUCAUGAAAAGCACUAAAGGAAGCUUACAUGGUUAAAGUCAUAGUUUUUGCAAAUAAUUCAUUAUCUGCCUUAUAUUAGAGUCAGAGACUAAUGGUGGCUUAACUGCAUGAAUGUCUUUAUUUUUAACUGUCAUUUUUUUUACUGUCCUUUGCUCCACAUCAGGAAAUAUUUUGGUAGGAAUUAGGGAAAAAGAAGCACUUUCCCCCCAUUCAUUUCUAAAAAGAUUAAUUAUUUCAUUUAUAUGGGAAAAUAAUAAUAGUUAUUUUGCUGUUAUACAGUUCUCUGAUGCGGUGCUGUACAGUCAUUUUUAAAUCUCUUGCUAACAUUUAUUGACAAUAUGUAUUUGUACCAU